AUGUACGUCAGUGUAUGGAUUUCAUGGAUUAUUUUACCAAUUAUUUGUUUAUGUAAUACAUACAAAAGUAAUGACAAUGGCGGAAUUAAAUACAAACGAAACCCGGCUCCCGAUGGUCACAGAUGCGGUGUAUGUCCAACUUUUUUCCAAAAAAUCUGUGCAUUCAACUUUGAAACCAAUGGUACAUUCAUAUUCGAUAAUCACUGCGUCAUGGAUCUUUACAACUGCAUAGAAGGAACUGAAUUUAUCCCAAUGAAUUAUGAACAAUGCCUAUAUUUCGGCAACUUUGCGUAUGUCCACGGUUUCAAGUACGAUGAUGAGGAUUAUGGAGAGGAUCACAUUAUUGUAAAAGGAUCGAAGAAGAAUCCCGAUUUUGUUAGAUAA